UAUCAUUUACCAAACCCACGUGGAGUUUACUCAAUCUUGAGAGAAAUGGACGCCUUCUUAAUUAAAAGAAAAGACAGAUAUAAGAGGAUAAAUGUGAAGGUUGCUGGGCCCCAACAUGACUACCACAUUGGAGGAGUGAGGGUCCAGUUCCCUUGCAAAGCCUACCCCACACAAAUAACCAUGAUGGCUAAGAUCAUCCAGGCACUGACUCAUAAAGACAACGCCCUCUUAGAGAGCCCUACUGGCAGCGGAAAGAGUCUCGCUCUCCUCUGCUCAGCACUGGCCUGGCAGAGACAAGAGUACGUGAAAAUUGGGCAAGAAGAAAUGAAAGAAUCGCUGGAAGGCAAACAGUUUGUCAACAUGAGCUGUGUGUGUGAGUGUCAUGGCAACCCCCAUCCACCCAUUACCAUGGGCUUGACCAGCUCUCCUAGCACGAGUAUUCCAAACCUAGCCGCUGCGAUUUUAACCUCCUUAUCAUCUCAAGGCCCCCCUCCUCCUGUAGCCAUGCCAACACUUCUUCAUGCAGCCAAUCCUCCAGCUCCUGUAACUAGCUCGGGAACCUCCCGUCCCCCAGCUGAUAUUGACCAAUUGGAUGGAGUAACCAGAUCACCUACUACUACUGUUAAGAAAGUGCAAAAUCAACAAUUUAUAGAGCAACUAGACGGCACUACCAAACCUACAACUCCUCUUAAAAAGAGUGCGGCCCACCAGACUAAUCCGCCAGCUGCUGUGAGUGAUCAUAGUUCAGUAGAGGCUAAUAGCAGUAAAGAUGGAGCCAAGAGAGUUAUGGAAGAUGAUGUUGAUUUCAAAAUCUCCACUAAGAGAUUCAGGACUCCCACAGCUGCUGAUAAUAGUAACAAGCGCAGGAAGAGGACCAAGGGGGUGUGUUACGAGGACCCCCCUGAGAUUGAGGGGAGUAACGAGGGCGGCCCCCCUCAAUGGAAGAUGGAGUUCCCUGGAGGAGCAACCCCUGGUCUGGGGAUACCCCAAAGUCAGAUAUUGGACUCUGAUCUCCCUGCUGCCAAGGUGAUGAAGACAGAGGUUAGUAGUGCAGCUGCUCCUCUAGUCCACAUGUCUGUUCUCCCAUGUCCAAAGUGUGGCUGCUCUCCUCUCAACAACAUUCUGUCAGCUAAACCAGAGAAUGCAGUCAGGAGACGUAAUGGUCCGAAGAUCUUUUUGGCCACUCGUACUCACAAACAGAUUGCGCAGAUCACGCAUGAGCUGGCACGGACUGCCUACGCAGACACACCCAUGUGUAUCCUGGCGAGCAGGGAGCACACUUGCAUCCAUCCCGAGGUCUCCACCUCCAAGAACAAGAAUGAAGAGUGUAAGAAGAAGCUGGAUGGUACGGACGGACAAUACUGCUCCUACUUUCUGAACGUGGGCAAGAAGCUCGGCUCUCAGGCUCAGCUUCGUCAGAUGGGUCUGGACUCCGCCUGGGACAUCGAGGACCUCGUGUCCCUCGGCAAGAAAAUUAAAGCGUGCCCCUACUUUGCUAGUCGAGGGCUGAUGGAAGAUGCUGACAUCAUCUUCUGUCCCUAUAACUAUCUCAUCGACCCUAUCAUUAGAGAUCAGAUGUUGUUGGAGAUAGAUAACAAGAUCAUCAUAGUAGAUGAGGCUCACAACAUGGAGGACUCCUCCAGGGAAGCAGCCAGUCUCUCCUUUAAUAAUGUGCAGGUGACCGACGUCUCCAUGGAGAUAGACAAAAUAAAGUUCCUAUUGGACAAUCCUACUCAUCGCGAGUUGAAGGAAUGCUAUCUACAGCUGCAAGCUUUUUGUGCUGCCGUGCUGCGGUGGAUAGAGGACACCUCUAAGACACUACCGGCCCGAGGCUAUGAACAAGCAUACGGGAUCUGGAGUGGCGAGGCUUUCCUACCUAUCUUAGAGCGACAUCUGGGGGUCACUGAGAGCACCCUCUCUCUCUAUAAGUCUCGUCUUGAAGCCAUUUUCGAAGCAAAUUCCGACAAAGAACAGAAAGAUGUCACCCCCUCGAUUAGCGUUAACUCGCUCAACCUGUUUAAGAGUGUCUUCACAACCAUUGGUUACCUCUACAAAGAAGGCGGUCGAUUCGUGCAAGAUUACCGGAUGUCAUUGAUGAAAGAAAUGACCACCAUAUCUGCCGAGUCUGGGAACUGGUUGUCAAGGAGGCGAAAAAAUAGAGCCUCUGAGAGGGUGUGGCUGUAUACUCUGAACUUCUGGUGCCUCAAUCCUGCCGUGGCCUUCACAGAGAUGGCUAGGGCACGCUCCAUCGUGUUGACAUCAGGUACCCUCUCUCCAAUGUCCUCCUUCUCCUCGGAGCUGGGUGUGGCUUUCCCUAUACAACUGGAGGCCAACCACGUCAUACCAGAGUCUCAGACUUGGAUCACCUCGAUAUCCCACGGCCCCAGUGGGAGAUCCCUCAUAGCAAAUUACCAGAACACUGAGACGUUUGAGUUUCAAGACGAGCUAGGGGAGCUAAUCCUUGGAGUGUGUCAGACUGUACCGUACGGAGUUCUGUGUUUCUUCUCCUCUUACAAGAUGAUGGAGAAGCUGACCAACCGGUGGCAGGACACCGGUGUGUGGUUCAAGAUCCAACGAGAUAAACUAAUAGUGUCUGAGCCUCGCAGCGGACGAAAGGAGGACUUCGAGUCAGUCAUGUUUGACUACUAUGACAUUGUGAGGGAGAGCUCUCCCAGCAGAACCACACCCUCAGGGGAGGAGUGUCGGACAGGGGCACUGUUCCUGGCAGUGUGUCGAGGGAAGGUCAGUGAGGGACUGGACUUUGCCAAUAACAACGCUAGAGCAGUCAUCACCGUUGGCAUACCAUUCCCAAGCAUCAAGGACAAACAGGUUGAGCUGAAAAGGGAGUAUAAUAACGAGCAUUUUCGUAACCGUGGGUUACUGACGGGUAGCGAAUGGUACGAGAUACAAGCGUACAGAGCGCUCAACCAAGCACUGGGUCGUUGCAUCAGACACAAGAAGGAUUGGGGUGCCUUGAUUCUCGUGGAUGAGCGCUACAGUAAGGGACCACACUACACGAAAGGUCUCUCCAAGUGGGUACGACAGAGGAUAAGUCACCAGAGGGAGUUUAAACAAGCCCUCCAUUCCCUGAGAGCCUUUAUUGAUCACAGAAUGAAAGUGGACCAGGAGACGGCCGACAUUGACAGCUCCACCUUAUCUGUGUGUGACCCAGGCACGCCCACUGUUUGCCCCUCCCCUUCUCUCGGUGUCUCAAUGUCCUCCCCUCAACAAUACAUAGCAGCCACGCCCACCAUUGCCGUCACAUCUAGCUCUACCUUUGUUGCCUCCACCCCUUGUGAUUCCCCCCACAGACGACCCCCUAGUCCACUAUUACGCAACAGUACCACACCCCCCACCACCGCCAGCCCGCCUCGUACAACAAUUUUACAAGCAAGUUCUACCCCGUCUGGCAAAAUAACCGAUUUUCUUCGCUCCACUAAAGAAAGUUUGAGAUCGAAAUUUUCGUAUCCAGGCAAAACAAAGAUAGCUUCUAGUUCAACUAUACCUCUGUCUCAGCUUCAGAAUAUGACACCCAGUAGUCUUUCAACAGGCAAAGAGAAAAGCACAACAGAUAAUAGUAACACAAACGUUGUUUCUAAGCAACUAGCCUCACCUGUUGUGAUUAUUUUGGACGAUUCUCUCGAAGAAACUAUAAAAAACACUCCACCAGUAAUAAAACAAGAAGGGACAUCGAAAGAAACUAUUGAAGCAAACCCAUCCCCCUUCUACCCAGUCUGUGAAGAAUCGCCUGUUUUGUUUGAGACACCAUCGUCUGUUGGAUGUGAAACACUUUCCGUCAAGUUAGCCAAGAGAGCUCUCUCUAAAGAUGGCGGUCCUAACCAACCUCUCUUGGUGGACGUUAAGAAAAACAAUCAUCCAUUUUCCUCUGAUAGUCCCUGUAAAAUGGAAGUACAUGUAUAUGUAGAUCAACCUGAAGAUAAGCCGUCUCCACUCAAGUGUGAAGCUGCAGCCAUGAGUACAGUAUUUAGCGAUGUACCCAGUGGUGAAGAAACAACAGAUGAUAUAGACAGUACGCCCCCUCUCUCUCACCAGAAACCCCGCACACCUCCCGGCACUCUAAAGCCCAAACUGAGCUUGUCGACUGUAAAGGGUGGAACUACGACUAUGAUGGGUGGGGUCACUCCUAGCAGAGGGACGGACUCGUCCCCGAUGGGCCAGCCUAGGAUCAGGAGAAGUAACGUGAGACUGGCUAGUAAGAGAGAUGUGGACAAUGAGAGGACUCCUCUCUCCAGUAAGGUUAGGACGAGACAGGAGGUGCGUGAAGAUGUCAAACCAUUGAAGGAGAAAUGGAUGGGGAAAGAAGUGUCCUGUUCUGCCUGUGAGCUAACACUAGCUAAAGGGUUAACUGAGGCAGUUGAGUUGAAAGGUCACCUGUCGAAGACAUACAAGAGUGUAGUGAUACGAUCGAGCAAGCUCUGGCGACAUCUCUCUGGGAAUAGACCCAAGAGAAUGACACUGCAGACACUGAUAGUGCCCACCCCCCUCUCUACAUGUGUACACGUUGCAGGUGAUAGAGAUUACAAUGCCGUGUGGGACGACCAACUCAAACUAUGCUACUCCCUCGUCAAGUGUUCGUGUGAUUGUAAAGUGGGUGUGGCUAUCCACUCAACCACUGACACAGCACACCCCCUCCUAGGAAAGACUCUACUGGCUCAGGACCAAGUUACCCUCAAUAACGACUAAUAAUACAUUAUCUUCACGUUACCAUUAUUCAUUCAGCCUCAAAUUAAAUGUUACUAGUGAG